ACCCCGCGCUCCAGCCCCAGCACUCAGUACGUCUCUCUGGCCUCAGUGUCGGCUCUGUUUCCAUCUUUGUCCCUGGCCUUCUGAUUGGCAAGGCGGGCGCUGCUCCGUCAUGGCCAAGCUGUUGGCGCUCAUGGUCCUGGGGCUGGUUCUGGCGUUCUUGGGAGAGAGAUUCGUGACCUUCAGACAGGUGUAUACCCCUCAUCAAGUUCACCCAGUAGAACCUCCCAGCUGCCACCUAAUUCAAGGACUGGAGAAUGGCUCCGAGGACAUAGACAUCCUGCCCAACGGUCUGGCCUUCAUCAGCACCGGGUUAAAAUACCCAGGCAUGCACAGUUCUGCCCCGGACAAGCCUGGAGAAAUCUUCCUGAUGGACCUGAAUGGCGAUGACCCAAGAGCUUGGGCCCUGCCUAUCAGGAAUGGGUUUGACACACAGUCAUUUAACCCGCAUGGGAUCAAUGCCUUCACUGACAAAGUCACCAGUGCAGUUAUGACUCUUCCUAACUCAGACAGCAGCAGCGCAAAGGAGGACCAGGGUGGGGAGGAAGCCCGCAGUGAGGAAGCUCCUGAGCAGACAUUCUCCUGGCCAGACCACGUCGUGUACCUGUAUGUGGUGAACCACCCCCAGGGGAAAUCCACGGUGGAAAUCUUUCGGUUUGAAGGCGAUUCUCUGUUCCACCUGAAAACCAUCACCCACGAGCUGCUUUCAAGUGUGAAUGACAUUGUGGUUCUAGGGCCAGAACAGUUCUAUGCCACCAACGACCACUAUUUCACCCACGAAUUCUUGGCGAGCCUGGAGCUAUACUUGUGCUUACCGUGGACAAAUGUGAUUUAUUACAGUCCGGGAGAAGUCAAAGAGGUGGCCAAUGGGCUGAGCUUUGCUAAUGGAAUCACAGUUUCCCCAGACAGGAAGUAUAUCUAUGUAGCUGCUGUGACUUCUCACAGUAUCCACGUUAUGAAAAGACAUGAUAACUGGACGCUGACUCAAGAGAAGGUUCUCAAUUUGGGCACAUUAGUUGAUAACUUAUCUGUUGACCCCGCCACGGGCGACAUUUGGGCAGGAUGUCACCCCAGUGGCAAGAAGCUAUUGAUGUAUGACCCUGCGGACCCCCCUGGAUCAGAGGUGCUUCGCAUCCAGAGGCUUCUCUCCCCGACACCCACCGUGACCAGGGUCUAUGCCAACAAUGGCUCCGUCCUCCAGGGCAGCACAGUGGCUGUUGUCUACAAUAAAAAGUUGCUGGUGGGUACAUUGUUCCACAAAACACUGUACUGUGACCUCUAAACCGGCCUCCCAGAGUCAUAAUCUUUUACUGGCUAAACCAAGGGAGAGAAAGGCCUUGCCUUCCCAUCCAAGAGCACAAAAUAAAAGCAAAUAUAGAAAA